AUGUAUAAAAGUCUCAUCUCAGGCAGUAACAAUCCCUUCACUGGCCGCAGCUGGAGCAUCCAGUACCCCUACGCAAUAAAAUAUCUUGAGCCAACGAUGUCUUCGUCCGACCGGGGGCCAUUGGGGAACGGGAAAAUUGACGAUGAAAAGGAUCUGCCACUAGUGUUAACUACUGACUGGGAUGGUCCAAAUGACCCGAAGAACCCUAAAAACUUUCCUCCUUGGCGAAAAUGGGUUAUGGUCUUUACCGUUUCCUUCAGCUCACUCUGCGUAACAUGUACCUCGGCAUUGUACUCGUCGAUAUAUGGACAAAUCACAGAUCAGUUCCAUAUCUCAGAAUUGGCCGCGACAGUAGGGCUAUCCCUCUUCAUCUUUGGCAUGGGCGUGGGACCUAUGUUUGUUGCCCCUAUCUCUGAGUUCUAUGGACGACGUCCUGUGUACUUUGUCUCCUUAGCACUGUUUACGAUAUGGCUCAUUCCAUGUGCUGCGGCCAAUAAUUUCGGAACAAUGCUCGCUGGCCGAAUGCUCGGUGGCCUGACGAGUGCAGCGUUUCAGAGUGUGGCUGGAGGUACCAUAGGCGACUUGUUCACUCGUGAAACGCUGCAGCUUCCAAUGAUGGUAUACACUGCUACGCCUUUUGCCGGUCCGGUCCUCGGACCACUCCUUGGCGGAUUCAUCAACUCAUUCGCCUCUUGGCGCUGGUCGUUCUAUGUGAUCAUCAUUUGGAGUGCCUCACUCUGGGUUAUCACCAUCCUCUUCAUGAAAGAGACCUAUGCUCCAGUCCUACUACGGAAGAAAGCACUCCACCUGCAGACAACACUAGGCGAAGGAGUUGACGGAGGUGCAGCCGUGCAGCCUCGAGCGGCAUCGAUGCAGCAGGCCCUACUGAGGUCAAUGUACCGUCCUUUUCUCUUGCUAUUUUUGGAGCCAAUGUGUUUUUGUCUUUGCCUCUACACUGCGGUCAUCAUCGGAACCCUGUACCUCUUCUUCGGUGCCUUCCCCCUGGUUUUCUCAAAUCUGUACGGGUUCAAUUUGUGGCAAAUCGGCGUGACUUUCCUGGGUCAACUCAUUGGCACGUUUCUCGGCGUUGCCCUCGAUCCUCUCUGGAGGUGGAAUCUGCAAAGGCUGAUUCGGAAAUACUCAGCGGAUGGAAAAGAGUUUCGUCCAGAGUAUCGACUCCCGCCAGCAAUUCUAGGCGCUCCUCUUAUCACGGUUGGCCUGUUCUGGUUCGGCUGGAGCAGCACAGCUUCGAUCCACUGGAUUAUGCCGGUUAUUGGAAGUGUCUUCUUCGGUCUCGGCGUCUUUCUCGUCUUCCAGGGCGUGAUUACGUUCCUCGUCGAUGCGUAUCCUUUGUAUGCAGCGAGUGCAUUAGCAGCCAAUGCUUUCCUUCGAAGCAGCUUUGCCGCUGCAUUCCCUCUCUUUGGUGUCCAAAUGUAUGAGGCCCUUGGAUACCAAUGGGCAACAUCCUUACUCGCCUUUUUGACCGUCGCUAUGCUUCCAUUUCCCUACAUAUUCUACCGGUUUGGCCCUCAAAUCCGAGCCAAAAGCCGAUUCGCUACUGUCAAACAGCCGCCACUUUAG